GCUGUACUUCGCUACUUUGCGAAACAAACCCAAAGGUACCGUGAACACCCACUACUUCUGUACCGACGAGGAGCUGGUCUACGAAAAUUUCUAUGGAGAUUUCGGACCUUUAAAUUUGGCAAUGUUAUACAGAUACUGCUGUAAACUAAACAAGAAAUUAAAGUAUUUCAGUCUAUCAAGAAAGAAGAUAGUGUACUAUACCAGUUUUGACCAGCGGAAACGAGCAAACGCGGCGUUCUUAAUAGGCGCAUAUGCUGUAAUAUACUUGAAGAAAACACCAGAAGAAGCUUACAGAACACUUUUGUCUGGAUCUAAUCCACCAUAUCUUCCAUUUAGGGAUGCUUCAUUUGGGAACUGCACGUACAAUCUUACGAUCUUGGACUGUUUACAGGGAAUAAAUAAGGCCUUGCAGCAUGGAUUUUUUGACUUUAAGACAUUUGAUGUGGAUGAAUAUGAACACUAUGAGCGAGUGGAAAAUGGUGACUUCAACUGGAUUGUUCCAGGAAAAUUUUUAGCAUUUAGUGGACCACACCCAAAAAGCAAACUUGAAAAUGGUUAUCCUCUUCAUGCACCUGAAGCCUAUUUUCCCUAUUUCAAAAAACAUAAUGUCACCUCAAUCGUAAGACUGAACAAAAAAAUUUAUGAGGCAAAGCGCUUUACCGAUGCUGGUUUUGAGCAUUAUGACCUGUUCUUCAUAGAUGGAAGCACACCAAGUGACAGUAUAGUUCAGAGGUUCCUGAACAUCUGUGAAAACGCCGACGGUGCUAUCGCCGUACAUUGUAAAGCUGGCCUGGGGAGAACAGGCACGCUGAUUGCCUGCUACAUAAUGAAACACUACAAGUUCACACACGCUGAAGCCAUCGCGUGGAUCAGAAUAUGUCGACCAGGGUCUAUUAUAGGACCCCAGCAACACUUCUUGGAGGAGAAGCAAGCAAUGUUAUGGCUGGAGGGAGAUCUCAUCCGAUCAAAGCAGAAACAACGGGUAGUUGAUGGAAACAUUAACAGAGUUCUUCGUGGCUUGAACGACAUUUCAAUCAGUGGCAGCUUGAAUAAAGUACAAGACUUGGAUCGAUACAGGGAGAAUGAUUUUGAAGACAAAGCAGGUGUGGAAACUCAGAACGGCAUGACGCAGGGAGAUAAGCUUAAUGCCUUAAAAAGUCGAAGACAGCCAUGUUCUGCCACAACUGGAGGUCUGAGGCUGCAAGACAUGAAACUGCACACCAGGUCAAUAUCACAACCUUUCAGACUGAAUACUUCAGGUAGCACAGAAGGAUCCACGUCUCCUCUGAAGGCCUCCAAAGGAAUGGCGGUUAAUUCACCAUCUGCAGAAAGAAUAAGCAGAAUUCCCACAUCCUCAGGCUCUAACCUUAAAAGCGUUUCCAUAAACUCCAGACUAGCCAGUUCUCUAGGGAACCUGUAUGCUGCUUCAGAUGAUGAUGAGAGCAAAAUGACAUCAUCGUCCUCUAGGACAGGUUUUUCUGUAAGCCAAAUGUCCAGCCACUUGAAUGGCAGCUUGCAGCUGCCUCACAGAAAUAACCAUGAACUGAACAACAACUUAUACAACAGGAACAGCAGUAGUGGCAACAACCUGAGCAGCCAAAGCAGUUUUCACAGCUCCGUGACAGAUGAGUUCGCAUCAACCUUCCUUUAUGGGCCUUACAACUCCUCCAGCACGAUACCAGAGUCGCUCAAUUCCUCCCCUUCAGUCUGAGUAUGUUCAGUACUAAAGCCUUGUCCCUUUGGUGAAACCUGCUGAGCUCUUGCAGUCGAAGUCCGUCAUGAAGGAGGAGAACUUUAAGAAGGAAGCUGCUCGCUCAGAGGAGGGGUCUUCAAUACAAGACACAUUAAAACCUUAACACCAAGAGGAGACUUCUUAACAGGCAGAAAUUUCUUUUUAAUGACUACUGCAGAUGCACUGAUGUUGAAUUUAUGGAAAUUAUUUUACCCUGUGUUAUAUACAGAUUUAAAUUUUUAACGUGAGACAGCUUUGAAUAUAUUUCUAAUGAGUUUCAUUAAGACAUUUAUUAACUUGUGUACAGUGUUACAAUAUAUAUUAAGAGAAUAUUUUGGUAAGCAAUAUAUAUAAAAAUGAUGUAAAAAUUAGAAUAUAUUUUAAUUUAGUGUUUACUUCUUUGCUACAAAAAUGU